GAAUUAUUUACGAAGGAUUACGUUUUUGGAGUUAAUGAUUUGUGAGUUUGCUGGAGGUCAGUGGCAUGUAUUGCUCUGUAUCUCAGUAUGAAAUAGGCCAUUCGUUCAGGUUGGCUAAUGAGGAGUACGACAUGCUGAACGUUCGGGAUACCAAGAUACAGCAGCAAAGCGUCUGGAAUCUGGAUUCUAAUAUGAUACUCAAGAAGGUCCGAUUUCAGGAUCCUCAUGUCCCGGAGCGAGUAUGUGAAAACACGCUGGUCAUGGAUAGUUUGAACCAAAACCUUACCAUUGGACACCAGUCUCAUCAAGUGCUCCAGAGCACUCCACUGGAUUUGAUUGAGACCGGGAAAGCCCUGAAGGUCCAAGCAGACCGUCCCCAUUUGGUUAGUCUAGGAAGUGGGCGUCUCAGUACAGCCAUCACCCUCUUACCUCUGCCUGAAGGCAAGACCACUCUGGGUCACGGAACCAUGGACAUCAACAUCCAGGGCCCAGGGAUCACAGCUCAGCACUGCUUUAUCGAAAACAAGGCAGGACUCAUCACUCUGCACCCCUGUGGAAACCAGUGUAGCAUGGACGGACUGCCGGUCACCAAACCUGUGCGCCUGUCUCAAGGCUGUAUGCUGUGUUUCGGCCAAUCCGCCUUCUUCCGUUUCAACCACCCUGAGGAGGCUUUCCGAAUGAAAAGCAUGAUGCCUGAGAGAGGACAGACAGCCAGUGUGAAAAACUGGGCCCACACAGAUUCCGAGAACCUGGUUAAUGGGAACCACUUGUCAGGAGUGCCAAAAUCUCACUUGGUCUCCAACGAGAGAGUGCGCCCUGAGCACAGUGCCAUCGUCAGUUCCAUUGAGAAAGACCUUCAGGACAUUAUGGACUCAUUAGUCAUGGAUGACCCUCAGCUCUCUUCCUCCGAGUCAAAGAAGCCCUCUGGUCAGCCCAUCUCCCAGUCUCCCUUGUCCCCCAUGUUAAAUGGAGGGGGGCGCUUCCUUCUCUCACCCCCAAUGAGCCCUGGUGCUAUGUCUGUGGGCUCCAGUUAUGAGAAUACCUCCCCUCCUUUCUCUCCUCUCUCAUCCCCAUCAGCUGACAGCAGUGGCAGCUACACCAGUAUUUCUCCGAGUGGUUGUCAGGACCAGCUUCACACGCUUCCUCCUGUACCAGUGAGGUCUUCUAGUUACAAUUACACCAGCCAGCCACCCAUACCUCAGCCACGGACCAUACUGCCAAGCUAUUCAGGUGGUAACAGUGGGUCAAAGGUGCCUGAGAGUCCCAGACUCCAGCGAAAGGCUCUUUUAGAAGCACCGCCAAGCCCAAAGCCAAGUCGUAGGGGGUUGAACCAAGACAGCUCGGUGGCUAAAACCCCAGACAGCCCCAUACAGACUCACAUUCUGCCCUCAGUCUCCAUCUCUACUGCUCCGACUGAUUACCCAUCUGUCAGUCGGGUUCCAGUUCCAGGCAGUCCCAGACUGACCCCCAAAUUCUCCACUGCAUCCCCAUCCUCCUCACCUUCUAGCCUUAGAACCAAAACUGCCAUUGUUCUACAGGAUCGGCCCUCAAGUCCUUUCCGGGAGCAGCCUCAGCCAGAUCGCUCCUUGACCUCUAGCCCCUCUAACCAACUCUCCCCACCCUCACGAUCUUUCCAGCCCCCUUUGGACCCCAUUGUCCACAUCAUUCAGGGUGGACCUCCACACCCGCAUCCUCGCACAUUGCAGCCUCCAGAAAGUCCGCGGCUGGCCCGCAGGAACCUUGAAGGGAGUAGCAUGAGGGAGCUUCCCCCUCUUAGCCCCUCCAUAGCUCGCAAGGGGGUUCCUGUGCUCCCUGGAGCUCUACCAGGAACCCUGCGGACUCCAGAGAGUCCAUCCCCAAGAAUGGUGCCAGAGAGUCCCAGACUCAGGCGGAAAGCAGGGUCUCCUACAGAAGAACCAUUCAGCCCUCGUGGGAUGCGUGCUCGUAGUCCUUCACCCACUUCUAGACUGAUGGGGGAAGGCAAUGGAUGGAGGGGCAGUUUUGGGAAUUCACUCUCUUCUGCCUUUAGCCUGGGUUCUCUGCCUGGGUCAUCGCCCCAAUCCAGUCCCAGGAACCACAGAAAGAUGUCAGCGGGCCACAGGGACCUCCGGAUGCCUCACCCUGGUAUGAGGGAGCGGAAAAAUAGCAUCACAGAGAUCAGCGACAACGAGGAUGACCUUCUGGAGUACCACCGGCGCCAAAGAGAAGAACGACUCAGGGAGCAAGAAAUGGAGAGGCUGGAACGGCAGCGGCUGGAAACAAUCUUGAACCUCUGUGCCGAGUAUAACAAGGGCGAUGGGCCGGCGGGAGAUCUGGGGCUUGGCUCAAGGGACGGGCUUAACGUCAGACGUCCUUCCUUGGACAGUGUGAGCAGUGCUUCCCUAAGGGUGACGCAGAGACAUCGUCAAAGCCAAGAGGAGGACAGCAGUAGCACUGAGAGUGCACAGCAGGACGGACGGACCCCACCAGCUCUGCUAAAUGGACAAAAUGGACAGGCAGAGGACUCUCUGGGAUCGGGCAGCAUUGGCCGUCUGGAACUGGGAUACCUGGAGGAGGAGCGGGUUCAAGUGCUGGCAAAGGUAGAUGAGCUCAAAGCUCGAAUCACAGAACUGGAGCAGCAACUUCAGGAGUCCAAACAGGAGGCGGAGAUGGAAAGAGCUCUGCUGCAGGGAGAAAGACAGGCCGAGCUGGAGCAAAUUGAGGCUGAGACAGGGAUUAUCAGCCAGCUGCAGCGCAAACUCAGUGAACUGGAGAGCACCAUUCAGAGAGAGAAAGACAAGGCAUGCCAUUCUGCUGGAUGGCCACUCAAGGCCCAUUCUGGUCUCGAUUGCCAUCCCCAGGAGAAGGCUAAUGUUGAGGCGGAGCGGGAAGCCCUGGAGAGGCUUCAGGAUGAGUACAAUGAGUUGACGAGCCAGCUUCAUAACUGCCCUGAGUCUCUGAGGGAGCAGUUACAGGAACAACUCAAGAGGGAAGCUGAGACCAUUGAGGCUGCGACUAAGCAGUUUGAGGACUUGGAGUUCCAGCAAUUAGAGAAGGAGAGCAGUCUAGAGGAGGAGCGCGAGACCAUCACCCAGCAGCUGCUGCAGGACAGAGCUCAGUACCACAGCAGCAUCACCAAAAGAAAGGAAAAAGUUGUGGCAUUGGAAAGCCAGGCCAGUCAGUUGGGAAUACAGGCCACUCAGGAGUGUGAGAGACUGGCCAAGGACAGAAGUAUGACCUUGCAACUGCUACAGAAGGAAAAGGAAAGGCUAGCUAAUCUGGAGAGAAGAUACCAGAGUUUAACUGGAGGAAAGACAUUCCCCAAAAGCUCCAACACUAUAAAGGAGGAGUACUUGAAGCUGUCGGAUGUUUAUAAGAUGUAUGGGAGUGAUUGCCAUGACAUCCAGCUCACCGACGCUUCCUCGCAUGGCCUCUCGCUUGCCCUUGACCCAGCUGUAACUGCCCCCUGUGAGGAGUAUGUGACCGUCGGCCAAUUAAACCAUAUCUAUGGGAUGCCGAAGGUGGAGUCUUCCCCUACCUCACCCAUCCAAUUACUUCAGUCUUCUCUCGCAGACUCCGCCUUCUCCUACCUCCCUUCCCCUCACGGCUCUUCCCUCUCUCUCUCCUUCGAGCGUCAGUCGGACCUGGGCAGGCUUCAGAUGCCCGCUCUAGAUUUAGAGCGCUGGUACCAGGAGGUAAUGGCAGCUGGAGAUGCAAACCAUCUCUGCCCUCCUCCUCCCCUCCCGGCUAAAGCUUUCUCAUCACGCAAGCCUGCGCAGGUGUACCGCUCUCGACUGGACAGUGAUGCAAGCCAAUCAUCACUGAGACCGAAAAUCAGCGCUGGUCUGUCCCCCACAUACACUACAGCUACACUGGGACGUAACACUCCUGCCAGGAGUCCUCUGAUGGUAGCCAACAGCACCGGGAGUCUCCCACGCAACCUGGCAGCCACCCUGCAGGACAUUGAGACCAAAAGGCAGCUGGCUCUUCAGCAGAAAGGCCAGCAAGUGAUUGAGGAGCAGCGGAGGCGUUUGGCCGAGCUGAAGCAGAAAGCUGCAGUAGAGGCUCAGUGCCAGUGGGAGGCGCUACAUGGCUCUCAAACGCAGAUCAACAGUCCCUUUUCUUCAACCUCGGGGCCAGUCGUGCACCACUCCAUCCUGCAUCACACAGCGCCCUCUUCUGGGGAACAGCCUUAUGACACCCUCAGCCUGGAGAGCUCGGACAGCAUGGACACAAGCAUCUCCACUGGAAACAACUCUGCCUGCUCUCCUGACAACAUGUCCAGUGCCAGUGGUAUGGAUGCGUUGAAGAUUGAGGAGAUGGAGAAGAUGUUGAAAGAGGCACAACUGGAGAAAGCUCGACUCAUAGAGUCCAGAGAACGAGAGACUCAGACCCGUAAACUCAUGCUAGAGGAGGAGAGAAGAAGAAGAGAGGAGGCGGAGAAGAGACUGCAGGAGGAGACGAUACAUAGACAGCAGCUGAUAGAGAAGGAGGUGAAGAUGAGGGCCAGAAACUUCUCUCAGGCCCGCCCGAUGACCCGAUACCUGCCCAUUCGCAAAGAGGAGUUUGACCUCCAUUCCCACAUCGAGUCUUCAGGUCACAGCGUGGACACGUGCUACCACGUGAUUCUCACCGAAAAGAUGUGCAAGGGCUAUCUUGUCAAGAUGGGAGGAAAGAUCAAAUCCUGGAAGAAGCGCUGGUUCGUCUUUGAUCGCCUUAAAAGGACUUUUUCCUACUACGCCGAUAAGCAUGAGAGCAAAUUGAAGGGCGUCAUCUACUUCCAGGCUAUCGAGGAGGUUUACUAUGAUCACCUGCGCAGUGCCACAAAGAAAGGAUUUUUCAAUCUGAAUUUGACAAACAGCCCCAACCCCUCCCUGACCUUCUGCGUGAAGACCCACGACAGACUGUAUUACAUGGUGGCCCCGUCCGCAGAGGCCAUGAGGAUAUGGAUGGAUGUGAUAGUGACAGGAGCCGAGGGCUACACGCAGUUCAUGAACUGAGACAAAACCCACUAUACGGAAUGAUACGGAAACCAUUCGGCAGGGAGACUUCAAAUGACCCAGACCUGUUAUUCCCAACGAGAGGAAAAAAUUAUUUUGUUACUUCCUUUUUUUCUUCUUCUCGACUUUCCUGAAGAUGUUAUAUAUUCACUCAGAUGCACAGACAGAUAUCCACCAGAGGCUUUCCACGUCUGCCUGGAUUGAAAAAGGGAGAAGACGAAAAGACCCGGUGAACCAAACCUGCAGGUGGUGGCUCACUCACCAUCAACGAAAAUGCCUUUUUGCCAUCAGAUAUUUUUCAGUUGCAGUUUAGUUUAUGUUGUCUGGAUGCGCAGAAACAUGACUUUCCUUUGUAAAGUUUGUCCCUCGAUUUGUCUUUUCAAACGUAAUGGGAAAAAUGACAAAUGCCAUCAAGCCAUUCUGGAAUAGUAUUGCACUGCAUACUUGAUGGGAUUGACUGACACGGAAUGACUAGAGGAUAUAAAUGAACUGCAGUACAUUUAAAUUAUGUUUUAAAUUAAAUGGAUCAUUACAUUCACAUUUAAAGAUCCGAUAUCACAGAAACAAAGACUUAAUUCACCAAAGCUCACCUACCAGCUCAGGAGUCUAUAUUUAUUGUAGAGGGACAUCAGCGACUCCUGUCCAACUUUAUCCCACUGUGUCUCUGUGUUGCCAGCUCAUUCUUUUAGAUUCAGAACCACAAAUGCAUGCACACACACACACACACCACAUACAACAGUAGAGUCUAUUUGCCAAGUCCUGACAACUUGAUCUUGUGAUUCGACUCCCUAGGGAGGCAGCCAUCACCUAUCACUGCCAGCCUACGAGAGUUUGGAAUUAUUGCCACAAACAAGAGAAAAAGAAACAACAUCAUAAUCAUGCAGUGCCUUGAUAAUGACCCAUAUUUGUCACUUUUAGCAUCUGAAAUAUUACACUAGUGAAAAAUACUGUAGCUGGAAUCACAGUUAAGGUGCGGCCACAUUAAUGAAAUUUUGAGAGUAAAAAAAGUCGAUUGUCAAUUGUAUAGUGAUGUAUGAAGCACAGCUCACACAGAAGUCACGUUCAAAACAAGCAAGUUUUCCGGCUUUCAAUGCAGCGAAUUUGAAUCGGUUUAGAAAUCUGCUUUGGAAAUUCUUUUGUCAUCAUUGAAAUUCCAGAUUGCAUGGAUGCCUAUUGAAAUUCGCCUGGAUUUCACCUGCGAAAAUUCACAGAACAACAGUAAAUUAGUGCAAAUUUUGUGAAAAUUACACAGGCAAAAAAAAAUCAUUUCAAUUGUCUACUGUCAAUAGUGUAGCGGUGUUGCUCAGCAUGGUGAAUUCACUUAGCCGACUUGAAUCAGUUUCGAAAUCUGCAUUGGGAAACCUCUCGCCAUCAUGCGAAAUUCCCAAUUACACUGAUGCCUAUUGAAAUUCGCCUGCCAAAAUUCAUUGACCAACAGUAAAUUAGUGAAAAGUUUGUGAAAAUUGCGUAGGCUGUCAAUAGUAUAGUGAUGCAUGAAGUACAGCUCACACAGAAGCCAAACCAGGAAGCAUUAUGUUGGUUGAAUUCAUGUGACCAUCUGAACCCGUGGCGAAAACUGAAUGAGAAAUCUUUCAUUGUCAUGCUAAAUUCCCAAAUACAUGGGUGCCUAUUGGAAAUGACUGGAUUUUGUCUGCAAACAUUUGCUAAACAUCAGUAAAUUAGCGAAAAUUGGCAAAAAAUGGGCAAAAGUUCUAAAGGCAAAAGAGGUCAAAUGUUUACUGUAUAUAGUAUAGCGAUGCAUCAAGCACAGCUCGCAACUGAAGUCUUUUUUUAAACCAAGCAGCUUUAUGUUGGCUGAACUCACAUGACCAGCUGAACCUGUUGUGAAAUCUGGGCAGGGAAAUCUUUCGCCGUCACACGAAAUUCCAGAACAUGUGGAUUCCUAUCGAAGUGACUGGAUUUCGCCUGCAAAAAUUCACAGAGCAACAAUAAAUGUGACCGCACCUUUAUUCCAUGUGAUACAUAGUGGGUUUUACUGUUCUAAGAGAUUGUGAACAGACACAUACUGUAAUU